AUGGGUGACUAUCAAAAUGUGACGCAAGAUGCUUUACAAGUAGCAGCCUUGGAGAUGGCCGGCAAUCCCAAUGCAUUAUCCUUACGCCGACCAUUUGACCCCACGGCCCAUGAUUUGGAAGCCAGUUUUCGUCUGACGAGAUUUGCCGAUUUGAAAGGACGCGGCUGCAAAGUUCCUCAAGAAGUCCUCGGUAAACUGGUAGAGUCCCUGCAACAAGAUUAUAAUGCCCAAGAACAUGAACAUGCUCAUUUCAUGCAUAUGGCCAUCCCAAGAAUUGGGAUUGGUCUCGAUUGUUCAGUCACUCCUUUGCGACAUGGGGGUCUUUGUCUUGUACAAACGACAGACUUCUUUUAUCCCUUGGUCGAUGAUCCUUACAUGAUGGGCAAAAUUGCUUGUGCUAAUGUUUUGAGCGACUUAUAUGCAAUGGGAGUGACCGAAUGUGAUAAUAUGCUCAUGUUACUUGCAGUCUCAACUAAAAUGACUGAAAAAGAACGUGAUGUAGUCAUUCCAUUGAUUAUGAGAGGAUUCAAAGACUCUGCACUUGAGGCUGGAACAUCAGUGACUGGAGGGCAAACCGUUGUAAAUCCAUGGUGUACAAUUGGAGGUGUUGCCUCAACAGUAUGCCAGCCUAAUGAAUAUAUUGUGCCAGAUAAUGCUGUUGUGGGAGAUGUAUUGGUCUUGACAAAACCCCUUGGAACCCAAGUAGCAGUCAAUGCUCACCAAUGGUUGGAUCAGCCAGAACGUUGGAAUAGAAUUAAAUUGGUUGUCUCAGAAGAAGAUGUACGCAAAGCUUAUCAUCGGGCAAUGGAUUCCAUGUCUCGACUUAAUAGAAUUGCUUCAAGACUUAUGCACAAAUAUAAUGCACAUGGAUCCACAGAUAUAACAGGUUUUGGCUUGUUGGGACAUGCACAAAAUUUGGCAUCUCAUCAAAAGAACGAAGUGUCCUUUGUAAUUCACAAUUUGCCUGUGAUUGCCAAGAUGACGGCUGUAGCAAAAGCAUGUGGUAACAUGUUUCAACUGCUGCAAGGACAUUCAGCAGAAACUUCUGGAGGUCUUUUGAUCUGCCUCCCAAGAGAACAGGCUGCAGCUUAUUGCAAAGACAUUGAGAAACAAGAAGGUUACCAAGCUUGGAUCAUUGGAAUUGUUGAAAAAGGAAAUCGCACAGCAAGAAUAAUUGACAAACCUAGAGUUAUUGAAGUUCCAGCAAAAGAUUAGAAUGAUAAUGAUAUGAUUAUUUAAUUACAGAAUGAAAUAAAGGGUGUAUGUCUGUGUCAACAUUAUGCUAGUUAAACAAUGGCAUCUCAUUCCUGCUAUUUGCAAUGCUUCAAUAUUUUUUUGAAACAAAUUGUUCUAUUAAUGCAAAUGUAGAUUUUAAGAAUAUAUAUAGAUAAGAAUUAUUGUUUUAAGAGUAAUUUUGAAUCAUGAAGAAAUUUCUUGUAUUUUUCAAUUCUUAAUAAAGUCAAAAGUAAA